AUGGAUGAGUAUCAAAAUUAUUUAAAUGAUAAAAAUAUAAAUAAUGAAAAAAUCAGAAAAAAUCAAAACUUUUCGGAAAAUUUGCUACAAAAUUUAAGAGAUAACAUAUUUGAGAAUAAUAAUAGUACAAAUAUGAAUUCUAGUGAAAACUCGUCUUUUCUACAAACACAUUUAGAGAAGAAUAAAAAUUUUCACAUUAAUGAAUCAGAAAAGUUUAGAGAUAAUCAAGUAAAUAUAAAUUGUACGAAUAAUAUAAGGAGAGUAAAUAAUGUUGAUGAAGAAAGUGUAGCAAUUCCUCGGUGUAAUAGUAGCACCAAUGAUAAUACCUCUAAUAAUUUUAAGGUUUUAGAAAAUGAUAAGUCAUUACAAAACUUACACAAUAGUGAUAUAGAGAAUACUAACUUUAUAAAUAACACAUUUGAUAGUAGUAAACAAAAUUUAAAUGAAAGUACAGAGAAUAUAUCAAAUAUUGAAAAUGUAUGUAGUUUUGAAAUGAAAGAAAUUAUACCUAAUAAAGGUGUAGAACAAAAUGAGAUGGAAAAUACCCAUAAAAUAAGUGACGAAGAAAUAAACAAAAAUUUUGAAAUGAAAAGUGAAAAUGAAAAUGAUUUGAGUAAAGAAAUAAAAGCUCUUGACCCUCCUAAAAGUGUUUACGAAUAUAAUCAUAAUGUUAUAUAUCACGAACUAUAUAUUGAAUUAUUAGAAGUAAAUAAAAGUUUGCAAAAUAAAAUAAAAAAUUUAGAAAAAAUAAUAGAAAUGCAAAAAGAAUUAUUAAAAAGUAAAGAAGACGACACAUUUGAACAUAAUAUGAUUGAAAAGAGGAAAAUGGGUAGUAAAAGUUUCGUUAAUAAUAAUUAUUUUUUAAAUUUUUUCAAUAAAAAAAAUAAAACUAGCAAAAAAAAAGAAGAUGAGGAUGGAAAGAUUGAUAACGAAGAUGAUAAUGAAAUUUUUGAAAAAGAUGGAGUAGCUGAAUCGGGUUAUAAUCAUAAUCGAAGAGGGAAAGGGAGUAUGACAAGGUUUCAGAAUAUGCCUUUUUCAUUUUUUAGUGAUAAAAGUAGUAAACAAAAAAAGCAAAAAAAUGAUGAAGGAAUAGAUACAAUGAAUUUAUCAAUACAAGGAAAAGACAACGUAGAUCAAAAAACAAAAAGAACUACAGGGACUUCGAAAUGGGCAAAACAAUUUGAUUAUAAAUGGAUUAAAUCUAUUAAUAAUUCUAAUAACUUCCAAGAAUGUGAACAUAUAUAUAAUGAUGAUACAAAGGAGUUUGAUGAAAUGGACAAUGAUCGAAACAAUGAUAUGAAUAAAUAUAUGAAACUGUCUUUACGUGAGAAUGAAUAUGUUGAUUUUUAUGAUAAUGAUGAGAAUUGUAUUUAUGAUAAUCCACAAUAUUUAUAUAAUAAUAAUAAAGGAAGUAAAAUAAAUAAAAAAAAAAGUUAUUCAUUUUUUAAAGAUAAACAACAUUCAAAAGAAAGUGAUAAAUACACAGAUAGUGAAUAUAAAGAUAUAAGUAUAAUUAAAGAAAUAACACUUAUAAAAUAUUGGUAUAAUAAAAUUAUACCUUUAAUAAAUGAUGAAAAAAAAAUAUAUACAUUAAUCGAAUUAGUAAUGAUGAAUUAUAUGCCUCAAGUUAUAAAAGAAUAUUUUUGGAAAGCAAAUAUAAAUAACAAAUUAAAUAUAUCAGAUUAUUUUGUUAAAGUAUUAAUUAAAAAUGCAAACUUUAUACAAAUAUAUAUAUACAUAAAUAAUAAGCAAUAUCAUAAUAAUUUUUCUCGUUAUUUUAAAAGUUUAAUAAAUUUAGAAAAAAGUAGCAUAAAUGUUGUGCCCUCACCAUCAAGUGGAACAUGUUUUGUCGAUGAAAAUGAAUUAAUAAGUACAGUAAAAGAAAGUGAACUUUUUAAAAAAUUGGUGAAGGCAGGAAUAUUUAUAGAAGAUGAUGAAGAGGGUAGUAAUGAUUCAAAAGAGAAUGGUAAAGUAGGUAGUACUGACAAUGGUAUAGAAGUGAAUAGUGAAUUAAAUAGUACAUCGAAUCUUAAUAAGGAUGAAGAAUGUGAUAAGGAAAAUGAUAAAAAAGAAAAAGUUGAAAUGAACAAAUUUGAAUAUUUAGAUAUAGAUAUACUUCAACGUUAUUCAAUUCAUAAAUUUUUUUAUCAAAUAUUAAUCGAUUUAGAUAGAACGAUGUAUAUAAUAAAAAAGAACCAAGAAUAUUAUCAACGAAAUAGUGUAGAUCAAGACAAUUUAUUGUUUGAAUUAAAUAUCCCUGAUACCAAAAAAAACUUAAACAAGCUUCUACAAAUGUAUGUUAUGUUUAAGCCAGAAUUAGGGUAUAUUCAAGGAAUGUCAUACAUCGCCUUAGUAUUUUUGUUACACUGCAAACUGGAAAAAGCAUUUAUCCAUUUUGCAAAUUUUAUGGAAUAUAAGAAUAUGCGGAACUUAUACAGCUUUAACAAACAGGAAAUACAAAUAUUUUUAUAUACAAUUAAGGAAAUUUUGACAAAAAAAAAUAUUGAAGUUUAUAAAGAAAUCGUUAAACAUUAUAAUAUAGAUAAUAUAUUUAUUCAAUGGGCUUACACGAUGUUUUUAACGUGUUUACCUUUCCGUAUUUUCAUUCGCAUAUUUGAUAUCUAUACAUUUAAUGAAAAAAUAAUAUUCGAGACAAUUAUAUGUAUAUUUACAUAUUUUAACAAAUUCCAUUCUAUGGAAAAUGUUGACACAAUGAUAAAGCAUUUAUCUUCCUUUUCAUUUAACAUGGACAUACAGGAGGAUAAAUUUUUUUCAAUGUUAAAAAAAUCAAAAAUAAAAAAAAGGAAAAUUAUAUAUUAUAGAGAAAAAUACCUUUCCACCAUUAGUAAAAAUGAAGAAGUCCAUGAGAAUUAA